UUGGGAUUGGUGAAGAUUCAAGGGAUAAUACGCAAGCUUUUUAAAAUUAUUUGAUCAGAGGCAGCCAUGAAGUACGCCAUCGCAGCAACCGCAGUAUUAUUAGUUUUAGGAAAUGUGCAGUGUUACAUUCCUGCAUCACUUUCGGUAUGCAAUCGAGCGGAUCCAGAGCUUGACAAGUGUGUGAGAGCCGUCGUCGAGGGACUUCGUUCUCGAAUUGCUUCCGGUGAUUACGGGGAGGGACACAUGCUGCCAAGUUUGGAUCCGGCCUAUAUUGAUAGACUGGAUAUUGAUGAUGGUGCCAACCUUCAGGCGUCCUUCAGAAAUUUGACCGUAACCGGUGCCAAAAACUUCCAGAUUGACAAACUACAUCUCAACGUUCCGGAGAAGAACAUCAACUUCCGGGUUACUCUGGACAAAAUGAACCUGAAGGGAAAGUACAACAUGAAGAUGAAGCUGUCCUUGCUACUGAUCGAUGGAGUCGGUGAUGCCAAUCUGGAUAUUUCUGAUUCUAAAUUGUUGGUUAAAAUGCACUACCAAUUGUUGCCCAGCGCUAAGGAUCCCUCCCGGUUGACGAUGCAGUUCGACCCAAUUGAGAUGAAGAUUAAGUUCGCUGGACCGGCUAAGUUCAACUUCACCAACCUGCUGAAAGAUAAGCCAAGGUUGAGCGAGGCCGCCAAUGAAGCCGUCAAUGAAGAUCCGUCUGUGAUUUUGGAAAAAGCUAAACCAGCAGUUCAACAGUUCUUCUCCAAGCUGUUCACUGACAUUGCAAAUGGUCUGAUGAAGGAAGCCACGGAGGAAGAAGCUCUUCCAUUGUAGA